CGAAUUAAUUUAGACAUAUACUGAGUGAGAGUAUAUACAAGCAAGUCAUACGUCGUUGUCGCGAACACGAGAAGAAGGAGAAGGAGAAGAAGAGGGCUAUACCUCAAGUUGCAUCCCGGCCACCGCUCUCGGCCCUUCCCUUCACUGACAAUAUACAAAGAUUCCAUUUUUACCGAUUUUUAGCGGAGUAUCAUCUGUCAAGUUGCGUUAGGAUACGACGGCCUCUCGCGGUUCAACUAAGCGUUUCCCUGUUCUCUUCGUUGAUUGCAAAUCGUGCUCCGCUCGUUGAUGAUCGAACCAUAAACCAUAGACCAUAUAGGAGAGGAGCGGUGUCAUGUUUGGGCAUUCACGUGUUUCCUCAUCGAUGUAUAAGAGAAUGACAUCGAGGGAUUACAUGGAGGCUGAUGAUGUUGAAGUUGAUAAGCAUGAUGGUUUAGGUUUCAUUGAGAAUGGUGAUGAACAAGAAGAGAUGUCAACUCCCUCCUGGAAACGUUCGUGCCCACAUGUGCUAGUGGCAAUAAUAGUUUCAUUCUUGUUUGGCUAUCACAUUGGAGUAGUUAAUGAGCCACUUGAAAGCAUUUCCAUUGAUCUUGGAUUCAACGGGAAUACGCUCGCAGAAGGUCUGGUGGUGAGUACUUGUCUGGCUGGUGCUUUUUUGGGAUCUCUGUUCAGUGGAUGGAUUGCUGAUGAGGUUGGACGGCGUAGGGCUUUUCAGUUGUGUUCUUUGCCCAUGCUUAUUGGUGCUUUAAUAUGUGCAACAACUAAAACCUUAGCAGGUAUGCUCCUAGGGAGGAUUUUGGUCGGAAUAGGAUUAGGUGUUGGUCCACCUGUUGCCUCUCUGUACGUAGCAGAGGUCUCCCCUGCUCAUGUAAGGGGUACUUUUGGGAGUUCUAUCCAAAUAGCAACAUGUGUUGGACUAAUGGGGGCUUUUGUCGUUGGGGUCCCAGUUAAGAGCAUAAUGGGCUGGUGGCGUAUAUGCUUUUGGGUAUCUGUAAUUCCAGCUGCAGCGCUGGCAUUUGGGAUGAUCUUUUGUGCCGAGUCACCUUAUUGGCUUUAUAAGCAAGGUAGACUCACAGAAGCUGAAGCUGAGCUCGAAAAGCUACAAGGAAGUUCCCACGUUAGAACUGCAAUGUUGGAGCUGUCCAAGCUGGAUAGAGGGGAUGAGCAUGAUACCAUCCAGCUCUCAGAACUCUUUUAUGGCCGGCAUUCCAGAGUUGUUUUUAUUGGAUCAACCCUAUUUGCUUUACAACAGCUAUCUGGAAUAAAUGCUGUGUUUUAUUUCUCUUCAACUGUAUUUAGACAUGCUGGAGUAUCCUCAAACCUAGCAAAUGUUUUCAUUGGCAUUGCAAACUUAAUAGGCUCAGUUGUUGCGUUGAUUUUGAUGGACAGAUUAGGAAGGAGAGGUCUCCUUCUUUGGAGCUUUUUGGGCAUGGCUGCAUCGAUGGGACUUCAAGUUUUUGCCUCUACAAUUGCAUCAAGCUAUGCUUCUUUCUUCCUUUCUGUUGCUGGGAUGCUAUUUUUUGUCUUCACAUUUGCCAUUGGUGCGGGUCCAGUACCGGGUCUCCUCCUGCCCGAAAUAUUUCCUGGCAGGAUCAGGGCAAAAGCUAUGGCAUUUUGUAUGUCGGUUCAUUGGGUGUUCAAUUUUCUAGUCGGUUUGCUGUUUUUGCGCAUGCUUGAGAAAGUUGGGCCUCAGGUAUUAUAUGGCAUGUUUGGUACCUUCUGCAUGAUGGCUGUUGGUUUUGUGAAGAGAAAUGUGAUGGAAACCAAAGGCAAAUCACUGCAAGAGAUUGAGAUUGCUCUCCUUCCCCAAGAAUGAACUCAGAUUGAUAUGGUCAUGGAGAUGAAGUAUCAACUAUUACGCCAUCUAGCUACCUACCUUCAAGCUCUUGCUACUGCUGUUUUUACGCUGAAGAGGUUUACCUCGCUGCCAAAGAUAUGUUAUGUUAUUAUGGGUGGUUGUAAAUUGAAAUACUGUGCAUGUAAUGAUUUCCAUUUUCCAAGACGCUGUAUUCCAUCACUUGCAUCUCGUUUUCUUUGCACAGAAUUUAUUAGUCGGAAAUAAUGUGCAACUGCAGCAGCUUCUUAAUUUUAAUCACAAUUUGG